UAAGCGCAAACCAGUUAGUCGCACGGCCACAAGCAAAAGCUUAACAUCUUAUUGAAGUUAAAGAAAACAAAACAUCAAAAUUUUUUGUGAACAUAUUCUCCACUUCUACACAAACAACUACAUUAACAAACAAGCUCAUAGCAAGCAAAUAAAUAUUGCAUAAAAACAAGUUUCAAGUGAAGACCUAUUAAAUAAAUGAUAAAUAUAUGUAUGACAACUAUACAACAACAACAGCAAGAAAUCAAAACACAUUUUACAAGAGUACAGAGAUUUGCAGUUAUGAAUCAAACAAACCGGUUAACCGCUAAUGCCAAAUGUUAAAUAAAUGAAAGAAGAAUUUUAUAAGGAUUAGCGAAAAGUUCAUAAAUAUAAAGGCAUUCAAAAUAAAAAAAAAAUUGAAAAAAUGCUGAAACAGUGAAAAUAACGCUUACAUUAGUGGCAAAAAAAGAAAAAAGGUUAAUAAAGAAGUACUUAAAGUGGUAUACUUAAAAUUUCAAUUAAGCGAAAUCGCCAAGUUUUAAAUAUCAAAAAAAAAAGAGUUUAUAAAAAAACUAUAAAAAUUCUAAAAACGUCGCCAACAACGCCUUAUCAAUAAAAGUAUGACUUCAACUGUAUUGCAACCAGCGGCCACAACAACCAGCGCGUCUUCAACCGCCGAGUCGUCAGCCAUGGGUUGGUCGCAUGACAAAUUGAGAUUCUCCUGUGUGGACAACAUUGGUCUGAAACAGUUAUGGAAAUUAAUUGCAUUGGAUACAAAUUCAAAUAACAAAACAACAGAAUCAUCCUCCUCAACGGCGACAAAAAAUGCUAAUGAGGAGAAUAUGGCAAAUUCUAACAACAACAACAAUAAUAACAAUAAUGAGAAUCUCUCCUAUGAAAACUGUGAAAAUAUCACUGACUAUUUGGGUCAACGUGAUUUUGAUGCUCCCAGCCGUAUGUCUCUACUAAAGUUCCUUGCCAUUAACGCUCUGGAAUUGAGUGCCCCAGCAACACCGGUUCUAUUACAACAACAGCAGCAACAAAUAAACAAUAACAAUAAGCCGUCGGGAUGGUUACAACUAUCCGGUCAUCCAGAAAGUAUUGUACCCUGUGCCAGUGGCGUGGUGCGCAAGCGUGUUGCCAGCUUUAGUGAUUAUGAAGUAUUAUCCUACCAACAGUUGUCUCAAGAACCCCUUACCUCUAAAAUCAUUCCCGAUUUCUAUGGCAACAUACAAUUAGAAUCCGGUGAAAUGUUCAUUGAGCUGCAAGACCUGCUAAAGGGCUUUAAGGACCCCUGUGUCAUGGACAUUAAAAUGGGUUGUCGCACAUUUCUGGAAUCUGAAGUCAGCAAUAAAACUCUGAGGCCAGAUCUCUAUCAGAAAAUGAUUAAAGUUGAUCCACAAGCACCCACCGCCGAGGAACAUGCCCAACAGGCCAUUACAAAGCUACGCUAUAUGUUAUUCCGUGAAGCCAUGUCCUCAUCUCAAUCCAAAGGAUUUCGCAUUGAGGCCAUACGCUUAAAAGGCAAGGCGCCCAUGAAAGAUUUGAAAACUGUCAGAAGUUCAGAACAAAUUGCCCAGACCAUCGAUCAGUUUUUGAAUUCCAAGAAGUGUGUGCAAAAAGAACUCAUCAAACGUCUCAAGCACAUGCGUUCCGUAAUUGAGAAAUCCCCAUUCUUUCAGACACACGAAAUAGUGGGCUCCAGUAUUUUCAUAGUCUAUGAUGAUGUCAAAGUUGGCUGUUGGCUCAUCGAUUUUGCCAAAUCCCGCCCUUUGCCCGAUAACGUAAAGGUCAAUCAUCGCUCCGAUUGGAUACCCGGCAAUCGUGAAGAGGGUCUGCUCAAAGGCAUGGAUGAACUCAUACAUGCCUUCGAAAGUGCCAACCAGAAACAUCAGUUCAGCAGAAAGUUCUUACAAAUCUAGGCAACUUCGAAAAGGUCAACAACCAGUAAUGCAUCCAAUUUAUUUUAAUUGUUCUCAAGACUGAUCACUACUUUAGUUUAAGUCCCCAUACAUUGUAAAUCAAACAUCAUCUCCAUUCAACACUAAAAAAAUGUAUUUGUGUAUCUUUGCAUGUAGAAUUUUCCAUAUUGGAAACAUUAUGUUUGUUUUUUGUUUUGUUGUACUUUUAAUCUAACUAGGUAAUCCUUCUCCAAGACUUUUUAUGCAACUUUGAAUUUGUGUUUUGUUUUUUUUUUUCGUGUGAAAACAGUUGAAAUUGAAAAAUAUAGUAUUUUAUGAGAGAAUUUUGAAAGAAAUUUUUGAAAAUUGCUUUGGCCCUGUAUUCAUCAUCUUCGUACUUUGUUCGUUUUUUGUUUUGCUUUUUGGCAAAAUAUUCUCGAAAAGAAGUGACAAAGCAAACAUUUUACUAAUCCAUUUACUUAAUUAGCUUUUAAGUUCUAGAAUUCAUAAAAUUAAAUCAUUAACUUUUAAGAAAACCAUG